UUGAGAAGACGAGUGAAAUUGUGUAUUCUCGGCUACUGUGUAUCCACCAGAAGAAGAAAGGUAAGCGAAGAAUGUUAAAGCGAGUAGUCGCCUUCGUCUACUCUGUAUUAGCUUCACCUGCGUCAAUGGAUCCGACACCGAUCUGCAUUCCUCUUGAGCUCCAGAUUGAGAUACUCUUAAGAUUGCCUGUGAAGUCUCUAUUGAGAUUUCGAUGUGUGUCCAAGCUUUGGUUUAUCAUCACCAGCCAAGAUUUCCAAAAACGGCAUUUGACUAUUGCUUCUUCCUCAUCUCCUCGUCUUCUCAUUGCUUUUGAAGACUUCUACGGAGAAAAACUCAUGUUAGUCUCCUCUCCUAACCCAAACACAUCUUUGUCUUCCUCUUCUUCUUCAUGUUGUGUAUCUUACGAAGAUUUGAGACGACUCAAUAUGAAAGGGAAAAAGGUGUAUAAUGCGGGUCAGGGUUUGAUUUGCGUUGGAGGUUUUAAAAAUGUUGCGAUUUGUAAUCCCAGCAGGAGACAGGUGCAUAUUUUUCCCGACUUCGAAUUCAAAGAGUAUCCACAAGUUUUUCCACGCCCCAUGUACAUGUUUGGGUACGAUCCUGUUGGAGAUCAGUAUAAAGUGCUUGCCGUUGAUGAUUUGCCUAGGAGAUUGGAGCAUAAGGUUAUUGUAUUGGGAGGAGAAAGAGCUUGGAGAGAGGCUCCUAAUUCUAUAAUUGUGAGUUUUGAUGUUAGGCUUGAAACGUUUAACGUCAUCAAUGUACCAAGCAGACUUAUACCAAUGGGUUAUGAGAAUAUGUGGCGUGCUGAUAAGUGGGCUAUUACAGUUACAGAUAAAACUCUGAUCAACUACAGAGGUAAAAUUGGUGUGGUUGAGAAACCUCGUAAGGGUAGUUUUCGAAUGUGGGUUGUGGAAGAUGCUGAGAAAGAAGAAUGGUCCAUGAACACGUUUCAUUUGCCCCAGUCAGCUGCUGGUGAUGACUUUAACGUCAUGGAUACCUUUUAUAACGGCGAGAUUUGUCUAGUUCGAAAAGAAUUGUCGGAUCCGUUUCGUCUUUUCUUUUACAAUUUGGAUAGGAAAAGCAUGAGACGUGUCACAAUUGAAAGAUUACCUAUGUCCGAGCUUAAGCGACUCAGUGACAUUUCUGUGACUGUUUCCGAUUACUACGAGAGCUUAAUGUUCUUAGAAAAUGUUCUUAGAAAACGUUCUUAGAAAAUGAUCUUACAAACAUGCAGUUUAUUUAAGGUUUUUCUUUAUAUAUGCU